AUGGCCGACAACACCAAAAACGGCGCCGUCGCGAUCGUGAUCUGCGUAUUUAUCAGCAUCGCCUUCUACAAUGUCCUCGAGCUCAAUGCCUACAUCUUCGGCAGCUUCAAGAGACGAAGCGGACUUUACUUCUGGAGUUUGGUCAUCGCCACUUGGGGCAUCGCCUUCAAUGGAACGGGAUACCUCAUUCUCCAUCUGUCGCUGUCGGCGCAGAAAUAUCUUUACUCGACGCUUAUACUUAUCGGGUGGUGUACCAUGAUUACAGGACAGUCUGUUGUUUUGUACUCGAGGUUGCAUAUCGUUAUGCACAAUCAGAAGAGGUUGAGGAUGGUGUUGUACAUGAUCAUCGCCAAUGCCACCUGGUUGCAUCUCCCUGUAAUCAUCCUUGUUUAUGGUGUAGGAUCAUCGAACCCAGAGCCCUUUCAAAAGCCAUAUGAGGUCUUUGAGAAGAUCCAGCUUAGCGUCUUCUUUGUCCAAGAACUCAUCAUCUCGGGUCUCUACGUCUGGGAAACAAGCAAGCGUCUCAGACUAGAGAAGAGCGUCGGCAACACCAAAACACGCAUGGUACUGAAUCAUCUCCUCAUCGUCAACGUCCUCGUCAUCCUUCUCGACGUCUCCAUUCUCGCCCUCGAAUUCGCGAAUCUCUUCGACAUUCAGACCGCGUGGAAACCACUCGUAUACAGCGUCAAGCUCAAGCUCGAGUUCAGUAUCCUCAACCGUCUCGUCGAACUUACCCGCGGAAGGAACGAGAGCUCUUAUGGUCGCAGUCACAAUGCCACCCACCACGAUGAUGUAGGCUUGGAGACAUUGAAUCGCGACCGGCGGAAACAUACUGGGCCUCAGGGAACAAUCACUGGAGAGUACGAGGUUCGUGUUGGGAAGGGUGAAGAGAGUCAUCGUGUAUUCGGCAAUGAGUCGAGUCUGGUCAAGACAACUGAGAUAUCAGUCCGUAGCGAACGGUAUCCGGGUCAUGGCGUACAUGAUAGAGGUAGUUUGGAGGGAGAAGGAUCGAGUGAUCUGCAGCACGUACCGAGAGGGAGUGCAUCGUCGGCGUCUUCUGAAGUACAAUUCGCCAAGUACGGCAACUAA